AUGGAUCGAAGUUGGAUAUCAAAUUCAAAACCGGGUGACUCACAAUAUGAAGCUGGAAUGAGGGAUUUCGUCAAUUUUGCGGUUAAGAAUGCCGGAGAUCGUUCUAGGUUACCAUGCCCUUGUUUCAAAUGCCAUAAUUUUUUGUAUAGACGCAUAGAUGAAAUUCUCGGUCAUUUGAGCAAGAAUUCCGUUGAUAGAACAUAUACCCGUUGGAUUUGGCAUGGGGAAAACUAUGAAGGAACUCGUACAAGUGAUUCUGGGAACAAUGUUAAUGAUGUUCAUGAAGGUCCUGAUUUUAAUGACAUCCCUAAUGCUAAUGAGGGUGAUAGGUUAGGAGACAUGAUACGUGCAGCUCAAGAUAAGUUCGCUGAAAAUCCUGCCACAUUUGAGGGGGUGUUAAAAGAUUCUGAAACACCCUUAUAUCCAGGUUGCAGCAAGUAUACAAGACUAUCUAGUACACUUAGAUUAUAUAAUGUGAAGGCAGGUCAUGGUUUAACUGAUCAAUGUUUUAAUGAAGUACUUGAAGUUUUCAAAGACAUGCUUCCUGAUGAUAAUGUCUUGGCAAGUGGUGCAUAUGAGGCUAAAAAGAUAUUGAUCCCGAUGGGCUUGCCAUACGAGAAAAUUCAUGCUUGUCCUAUCGAUUGCAUACUCUAUCGAAAUGAGCGUGAAUCAUUAAAGAAUUGCCCAGUAUGCAAUGCCUCGCGAUAUAAGGAGAAGGAAGGAGUGUCGGCAGGUUUUGUGCCGGGAAAUGACAUUGAUGUGUACUUGGUGCCCCUCAUUGAUGAUUUGAAGAUAUUAUGGGGAAAAGGUGUCAAAGUUUUUGAUGCGCAUCAAAAUGAGAACUUUAAUCUGAGCGCAAUAUUGUUUUGCACCAUCCAAGAUUUUCCGGCAUAUGGUAAUCUUUCGGGCCCUGUGGUCAUCCAUACCGCAAGCAAAAAAAGGGCUUUUAAUGGGAAACAAGAAUUCAGAAAACGUCCAAGAGACUUUAGUGGGGAGGAGGUGUUUCAAAAGGUUAAGGACAUCCAGAUAACCUUUGGGAAGAAAUCUAGAGCAGGUAUUUCUAAGCAGGGGAUAUGGGGAUUAGAAGUGAACUCCACGUUGUUGAGGGAAAACCCAAGAUACCUUCCUCCCGCAGCUUAUACAUUGUCACGAAAAGAGAAAAAAGUGUUAUGUGAAUCUUUAGCUGGAGUGAAAGUUCCAGAGGGUUUUUCUUCAAACUUUCGCAACCUUAUUUCGAUGGAAAAUCUAAAACUUGGUGGUCUUAAGUCUCAUGAUUGGCACAUUUUGAUGCAAUAUUUGUUGCCGGUGGCUAUUCGCUCAAUUUUACCUAAAAAUGUUCGAUAUGCCAUUAUUAGAUUGUGUUUAUUCUUUAACGCAAUGUACGCCAAAGUCAUUAAUCCUAAAGACUUAGAUAAUUGGGAAACAGAAAUUGCUAUCAUUAUUUUCCAAUUAUAG